AUGGCGGAGCAUGAUCUAACAUCACCGCUUCUCUCUCCUCGAUCGUCCGAUCAACCCCAAACUGUUCUCACCAUCCACGACGACGAAAACUUCGAACCCUCGGAACCGUCAUCUAAUCAACAAUCUUCCACCGGAACCCGCUUUCCUCAUCACAGCCAAAUCAACAACGAGAACGGCCAAGUCAACUCUCCGAAUCCCUACGAGUUUCUCGGGUCUGACGGGUUCUCGGUUCCGGCACCGACCACCGUUGAUCCGUUUCGAAACGGGACGCCGUUUAUUUCCGGGGCUUACGAAGUAAUAAAGAUCGUGCUGUGUUUGCCAAUUGCUUUAGCGAGAUUGGUCCUGUUUGGGGCAUGUUUGGCUGUAGGUUAUAUCGCGACCAGGAUAGCGUUGGAAGGGUGGAAGGAUAAGCAAAAUUCACUGCCCAAAUGGAGGUCUAGAAUCAUGUGGGUCACCAGGAUUUGCGCUCGCUUUAUUCUAUUCUCUUUCGGCUAUCAGUGGAUUAGAAGAAAAGGAAAACCAGCUCCUAGGGAGAUUGCCCCAAUUGCUGUAUCCAAUCAUGUAUCGUAUAUUGAACCCAUUUUUUAUUUCUAUGAAUUAUUUCCGACAAUCGUUGCGUCAGAGUCCCAUGACUCCAUACCCUUUGUUGGAACUAUUAUUAGAGCAAUGCAGGUGAUAUAUGUUAAUAGAUUCUCACCAGCAUCAAGAAAGAAUGCUGUAAAUGAAAUAAAGAGAAGGGCUUCAUGUGAUACAUUUCCUAGACUGCUACUAUUUCCUGAGGGAACCACGACUAAUGGGAGGGUCCUUAUUUCAUUUCAACUUGGUGCAUUCAUUCCUGGUUACCCAAUUCAACCCGUAAUUGUUCGUUAUCCCCAUGUACACUUUGAUCAAUCUUGGGGGUUUAUUUCUUUGGCUAGGCUUAUGUUUAGAAUGUUUACUCAGUUUCAUAAUUUUAUGGAGGUAGAAUAUCUCCCUACCAUUAUGCCCCCUGAUCAUCAAAAACAAAAUGCUGUCCGCUUUGCUGAGAGGACUGGUCAAGCUAUGGCAAGUGCUCUCAAUGUUAUACAAACAUCUCAUUCCUAUGGGGAUUUAAUGCUCCUCAUGAAAGCCGCUCAGCUACAACGGGAAAAGCCCUGGAGUUAUAUGGUUGAAAUGGCUAGGAUUGAAUCAUUAUAUCAUAUGAGCAGCUUGGAGACUGUGGACUUUCUGGAUAAGUUUCUUUCCAUGAAUCCAGACACCAGCGGUUCUGUUAAACUUCAUGAUUUUUUGAGGGUUCUGCAACUAAAGGCUUGUACACUUUCUGAAGAGAUUUUUGGGUUCCUUGAUGUGGAGAAGAAUGGAUCAAUUACAUUUAAGCAGUUCUUAUUUGGAUCAGCUCAUGUUAUGAAGCAGCCACUAUUCAGGCAAGCCUGUGAACUAGCCUUUUUUGAAUGUGAUGCAGAGGGAGAUAACUACUGUAUGGAGAAAGAAUUGGCAGAUAUUCUCAGACACGCAAUUCCAGAUUUGAACGAAGAUGAGGUCCAUGGGCUGUUCAAAUUAUUUGACACUGACAAUGAUGGGAGAAUCAGCAGAGAUGAUUUCUGUUCCUGCCUGAGGAAGAAUCCUUUGCUGAUAGCAUUGUUCUCACCCAGAUUUCUGCAUAAAGACAUAUCAAAAGCUGGUGAUAGGACGGUGGAGGAGAUUGUAUGAUUGGUGGUUGGGCCGUGCCGUGCCGUUUUCCAUGACAAUAGAUAGAUUUUUGUUACUCUGCUUGUUGGGUUUUCUUGAGAUGGAAGAGGGGGAAGGGAUUUUCAGCUUAUUAUAGUCAGAAAUAUAUGGGCCUAAUUUUUCUUUUAAUCUUUGCCCAUUAUGUUUCUCACAUUACAUGAACCAAUACUUCUGUCUCUUAAAUGUAUGGGUUUGUACUUAUAUUUGUUUCACUCUUUUUGUGCCAUUAAUUUAAAACUAAAUCUUAGUAAAGUAAUUAAGAAUACUACUUUACUUUGAAUUAAUAUUUAUCAUCAUAGAUUAAUUGGUAUGUACGUUUGUAUAAUGAAGUUAGAACAAUGGUUUUAUUAUCUUAUUCAAAGUGUGGAUGUAACAGGGGUGUGAAUUAAUUACAGUUGGCGUGGAUUGGAUAUCACAUAUUGGGAAAGGAUCUUUUUCCAAUACAUGACAUCGGAAUAAAAAUAAAUAUAAUAAUAAAAUCAAAAUAAAUGAUGAGAAUUUUCCUUUUUCUCCUAUCUUUUAACCGGCAGAGAAGAUUGUU